GGGAGCUUGAGGUCCGGGGAUGAUGAGAUGCGGGGCCGAGGCUGGGCCAAUCAGGCUCCAGGCGCGGCCAGGGGGAGGAGAUGGGAGGAGAGGCCGGGGGCGAUGGAGACAGCUACACCAACAGAAGUUUCUCACCUAUUUCGGCGAGGGACGCUCCUGCACCUCUUGCACACCUCCAGCUCCGCGCGGGAGGAGGGCCCCAAGCUCCUUUCUCCACCUCCUUUCAACUGCUCCCUGCAAGCGAGGGGAAGGCUGCUGAGAGCCCCUACCACCGCUGGCCUUCUUUUUAUGUUGUCUCACAGGGCGAGAGGGGGCGAGGGACAACUUGGUUCUGGGGAACUGACCUCUGGCCUGGCGGGCCUCUGGGCAGAGAGGGCAGCAGUGGAGCGGCUGGGGCUGGGGGACUCCAUGCUGGGGCCAUGGACAGAGCGGCGCUCCUGGGACUGUCCCGCCUGUGCGCGCUGUGGGCAGCCCUGCUCGCGCUGUUCCCCUGCGGAGCCCAGGGAAAUUGGAUGUGGUUGGGCAUCGCUUCCUUUGGGGUUCCGGAGAAGCUGGGCUGCGCCAACUUGCCGCUGAACAGCCGCCAGAAGGAGCUGUGCAAGAGGAAACCGUACCUGCUGCCGAGCAUCGGAGAGGGCGCGCGGCUGGGCAUUCAGGAGUGCAGGAGCCAGUUCAGACACGAGAGAUGGAACUGCCUGGUCACCGCCACCGCCCAGCCGGGCACCAGCCCCCUCUUUGGCUACGAGCUGAGCAGCGGCACCAAGGAAACAGCAUUUAUUUAUGCUGUGAUGGCUGCAGGCCUGGUGCAUUCUGUGACCAGGUCAUGCAGUGCAGGCAACAUGACCGAGUGCUCCUGUGACACCACCUUGCAGAAUGGCGGCUCAGCUAGUGAAGGCUGGCACUGGGGGGGCUGCUCCGAUGAUGUCCAGUAUGGCAUGUGGUUCAGCAGAAAGUUCCUAGAUUUCCCCAUCAGAAACACCACAGGAAAAGAAAGCAAAGUUCUGUUAGCAAUGAACCUACACAACAAUGAAGCCGGAAGGCAGGCCGUCGCCAAGCUGAUGUCAGUAGACUGUCGCUGCCACGGAGUGUCCGGCUCCUGCGCUGUGAAAACGUGCUGGAAAACGAUGUCUUCCUUUGAAAAGAUCGGCCAUUUGUUGAAGGACAAAUAUGAAAACAGUGUCCAAAUCUCAGACAAAAUAAAGAGGAAAAUGCGCAGGAGAGAAAAAGAUCAGAGGAAGAUACCCAUACGCAAAGAUGAUCUGCUCUACCUUAAUAAGUCUCCCAAUUACUGUGUAGAGGACAAGAAACUAGGGAUCCCAGGAACACAGGGCAGAGAAUGCAACCGCACGUCAGAGGGCGCGGACGGCUGCAACCUCCUUUGUUGUGGCCGCGGCUACAACACCCACGUGGUCAGGCACGUGGAGAGGUGCGAGUGCAAGUUCAUCUGGUGCUGCUACGUCCGCUGCAGGAGGUGUGAAAGCAUGACUGACGUCCACACCUGCAAGUAGCCCCUCCAUCCAGCCUUGAGCCCCACUCCUCAGUGCCAAACAAGGGAGUGCCAUUCCGAGGUGCCUCCCCACUGUGCAGGGCUGUGGAAGGCGCCUCCUGCCUCCGAGGUCCCAGACCCUUGGGCCUCCGGCAGCGCUCUCCUUGCCUGACGGAUAUCCAGUCACACACCGAGCAUGUGGAUGUGGGGGGAUACCAAAGUUGACAAGGUUUGGGUUCAUUCUUUGGUGGUUUGGAAACACAUAUUGACCUACCAAGAAGAUAAUCUGUCUCCUAAACAAGAAAGAAGAAGAAGGAGCCUUCAUGCGGGGAGACCUGGGCCAUGCUCAGGAUAAGAUCCUUGACUAUGGAAUUCAGUUAUGGAACUCCAUAGCGGUGGGUUUAAUGUUAGACGUUUUUAAAAGACGCAUCUUACAGCAGCAAGGAACAGUAAACAUGAUCUCAUUUAUUUUCUCAGUAAUUUGGGUGAAGAAAUCAUACUGUGCAUAGAAACAGACAUUGAAAAGUUAACAGAAGUGGAAGGUGCUUACUUGCCUUUUGUGCAUUUCAAAAGAAGGGCAAUUUAAAAGAAUUUUCAUAACUGAUACAGUACCCCUAAAAUGUGUUUGCUAGAGAUGUUUAGUGACAAAAGGGAAGAAUCUAAACAUAGAACGUAAAAUGUAUGAUUUGGAUUUUAAGUGCCUUUUAACUAUGAGGGUUUAUCUAGAAAAAUCUCAGUGAGAUAUACAGCAAUCUUUUAUCUUUGGCUUUAUUCUUUAAUUGUAGACCAGUUUCUACUAUUAAAACCCCAGCUCUGAAAUAUCGGAGAAGAGAGGGAUCUCGAAAGCAUGUGGGAAACUUAAAGGUAAAAACAUAAAGGGCUUUCAUACAUUGUAAGGGAAAGUACCCUUUAAACAUGUAAGACAGUAUUUUGUACAGUAUUUUGCUUAAAAAAGUUAUAUAUUUUGUAAAUACAGUAUUUAAGUUAUAUGAUGAUAUGUAUUAAAACUUCAGACAUUAUUGCCAAAGCCCAAGAGUUAAGGCGAUAAAAUUAUCUCAGAAAUAAGAUUAGCUUCUGUUUCUUUUCAUUCUAUUAACUCUGACUUUUUUUAAACAUUGAAAAAGAAGUUAAUUGAGCAGUUAUAUGGAUGUGUUUUUCUUGUCAAAAUGACAGUUUUACAUGUUAUAGAUUAAAAAAUGCUGCAAGAUAUUGAGAAUUGUGUUAUUUCAGCAGAUUAGUUAAAUUCUGCUUUUAAUUAGUUCUGUUUAACUUGUAAGGCUAUUAUAAUAAAUUAUGCAGUAAAAGUGUUAACUGGAUAAAAGAAUCUACAUCAAAACAAUGAUCACUUUGUGUAUUUGAUAUCUUGGAUAUUUAUUAUAUUGUAUGUAAUGCUGCAUUUCCAUGUGAAUGUUGAAUGGUCUUUCUAAGUUUAGUAUUCAUACAUGUAUAUUCAUCAUACUUUACAAGGUUUCUGGUAAAAAUUACAGGGCUACAUUUAAGGUUGUGUUUUAAUGUAGAUGCUUAUGUUUUUUAUGAAUUGUUAACUAUUUCAGUAUUCUAUAGGAAAAAACUUCUAAGUUCAGGAAGGACAAAGAAAGAAUAUUCUUUUUCUAAUAAUAAGCCAAGAAAAUGUUUCCUUGCCCAUAACUCUCAUCCUAUUUCCUUUCAAUCUUAUUUCCCAAGGCAGAGCAAUAAUUUGCAAAAAAGAGCAAACCCAUGGAAAAUGUCUCAGGCUUCAUAUUAAAUUCAAGGCUAAACAUUUCAUUGUGACCCUUACAGUUUAACAAAGAAAUAUUAUUUAUAAGUGAAAAUCUCGGAAAUGACAAUUGAAUAAAUAUAGUACUUAUUUAAAAGA